AUUUUUUUCAUUUGAUAUUUCAGAAAUGAAUUUUUUUAUUCUUUUUUGUGUUUUCAGCCAAGCUGUAACUAUCAUUCAAGGACAAAGAAAAGUUGAUAACAGAGGAGUUAAAAACUACAGCAGGAGAACAGUAGAAGUUGGAGUCUAUCUAGAUAAAUAUGUGUGGAAUACAAUGAAACAACAUGUUAAAGGAUCUGAUAGUGUUGUUCAAAGAGCAACAGAAACCAUGAUAAAACAACUGUUUAAAGAUACCGCAGUUCUAUUCAGAGAUUCAUCAAUUUCCAAAAAUGGGGGUUUUGAUCUUGUUGUAAAUGGUAUUAUGAUUAUAAAGGACGAUAAAGAUCGUGAAUUUAGCCCGAUACAUGAAACAACUGAUCAAGGAAGACAACUUGACGUUUUCCAGAAAUAUGCUGAAUCAAGAAACAACCCUGAUGACAAAAAAAGGAAUAGUUAUGACAUAAGUUUCCUUCUGACUGGAAAUAAUAGAGGAGGAUCAUCUGGAUAUUCUCAUGUUGAUAGGGUUUGCCACUUGAGUGGUGUUGGAGUGAUGGCACUGAGUUUGAAGAAUGGAAAACAUAACUGGGCUCACAUAUUGUUUGCUCAUGAGCUGGGACAUCUUAUGGGAGUAGCUGAUCAUGAUGGAACUAAAUCUGCCAGAGGAUGCUCAGGAAAAACUAUAAUGACUCCCACUGUUAGAUAUGAUUAUACAAAAUGGAGUGCCUGUUCAAGGAAGCAAAUAGAUGAUGCAUAUGACAGGCGUGAGAGUAACAGGGAAACAAAUGGAAACUGUUUUUAUGUUUAAGAAGUUGGAAGUAGUUGUAAUAAAAAUUGGAAAUAAUUAA